GGUGACAUCACUAUUAUGCGCUUCGUUUCGUUCGCGUUUCAGCGAGUCGUAUAAUUUUUCUGUUUUUGUGUUUUCAAUGUAAUUUUAAAUAGAAAAAUGAUUUUAUUACCAUCUUUAAGUUUUCUUUACUAAAUUUGACAAGUUUUGAGUCCAUCGCAGUGUGUUGCGAUGGACGUGCAGGACGAUAAUGUUUUAGACGUCGAUUUGCUAGCUGAUGAUGGAUCUGAAGAAGAAGGCGAAGCCCCGCCGUCGUCAGAAUUCUAUACAGGGCCAGGGUCCACUCCAACAUCAUGUGCGUCAUCGCCGCGGGGUGAGGAACCUGCUUCUCCCCAUGGUGGUGUGUCACAGCCGGCGUUUUUCCACCAUCAAACCUAUACCCGGCCAUUCUUCACAUCUGGCCGUAGGGGACCAGGGCGGCCACGGAAGGAGGGACCAAAACUGGUACGAGAAGGAAAGAUAGUCAGAAGGUAUAGAGGAGGCAAUGCUGGUUCUGUCAGAGGAGCCAAGAGACACAGAGGGAGCCGAGAUGAUUCUCUUGAAGAUAUGAUGGACGAUGAUGACUUCUCCAUUCCACCUAUACCCGAAGAACCACCUUACAUGCCAGAGAAAUGGCCAGGAAAAGUAUGUGCACUUUGCAACCUGAGUGAGCGUAGUCAGCUGGGGCAGGGUGAGAUGCGGCAGAUAAUGUGUAAGCUUGGAGAGGGUGAUGGCAGUACCACCCCGGCAAUAUGCAACUCUGGUGGGGCCACUCCAACCAACCCACCCACACCAUCCAGUACCCCCAGCACCCCCGUGACGCCCGGCCUGGUCUCACCACCGCCAGAACUUGUGGACCCCAAUCAACACCCACUUGCGAUGCCUUUGAGUAGACGCCAAAAAGCAUUUAACAAGUGCAAGACUCCUUUGUACAACAUGGAGCAUACCGAUGAGUUAUCCAUUAUUGGUUACACAGAGGUCUUGGAAUUAGCAGGGGUUGUUUCAUCCGGAGCACUGUAUGUACACCGGUGUUGCCUUGAGUUUAGCCCACCAUUCCAGGAUCAUGUGUUUGCAGCCUCGAAUUCUGAAGAGGACAAAGAUCAGUUAGAGGAAGCCAGGGUCAAAGGGAUUGUGACCGCUGCCCUGUCGAGGAAAUGUGCCUUUUGCAGCAGACAUGGAGCAAGCAUACCUUGUAAAAUGAGUUGCAGCAAAUAUUUUCAUCUACCAUGUGUGCUUGCUUCUGGGGGAUUCAUGGAUUUCCAGACCAAAUCCUCCUUUUGCAAGGACCAUCUUUAUCAAGUGCCUCUUAUUUGUACAGCAGAUAUAGACUGUAGGACGUGUAGAACUAUCGGCGAUAUCGCUAACUUGAUGACGUGCGUCACUUGCGGCGCCCACUACCACGGCACAUGCGUCGGCCUCGCGCAGUUGCCAGGAGUGCGGUCUGGUUGGUCGUGUCGGUCGUGUCGCGUGUGCCAGGUGUGUCGCGGCGAGGCGGGGGCCGGGCUGCAGCCCCCGGGCCACGAGGCGCGCGCCGUCACCUGCGAGCACUGCGACAAGCUCUACCACGCCACCUGUCUCAGGCCUGUCAUGGCUACCGUGCCUAAGUACGGAUGGAAAUGUAAGUGCUGCCGCGUAUGCUCGGACUGCGGGUCCCGGUCGCCGGGCGCGGGCCCGUCGUCCCGCUGGCACGCGCACUACACGGUGUGCGACUCGUGCUACCAGCAGCGCAACAAGGGCUCGUGCUGCCCGCUCUGUCGCCGCGCAUACCGCGCCGCCGCAUACCGGGACAUGAUACGCUGCAUACUCUGCAAGAGAUACGUACACGGAAUGUGUGAUCCCGACGCGGAACCGCAACAAUAUCGACAAAAGAAAGAACAAAAUCCAUCUUACGAGUACAGCUGUCCUAUUUGCAAAGCUCAGAUGCAAUUGACGGGCUCCAAGGCUACAACUUUCGACGAAGAUACUGUUGCGUCAACGUCCCAAGACUCGUCGUUCGGCGAUGAGAACUCACAGACUGAGCAAGAUCCUCUUGCUAUAGAAGCUAAGCCUGACGUUGGUCUUGGUAAGGGUAAACCAUUCACGGUCUCGGCAAAAGUGGCAAAGAAGAAGAUUGGUGGUUACAAACUGAAGGGUGGCUUUCCUCCUGCGGGCAAACUAGGCUUCCAGAAGCGUCAAAGAUCUGUCCUGGACUUUGGAAGGAAGAGAGGAUCUAAACCAAAGAUGAGAGGAGUGUUCGGAGUGCCAGGACUGGGGCUGCAGAGACCUCAAGCCCCUGAUAACAAGGCGCCUGAAGAUGAUCCUGGUGUGGAAAAUAAAUUAGUGCUGUGUUCAAGCAAAGACAAGUUCGUCCUAACUCAAGAUUUGUGCGUAAUGUGCGGUGCCAUCGGUACCGACUCCGAGGGGUGCCUUAUUGCAUGCGCACAGUGCGGACAAACAUACCAUCCGUAUUGCGUCAAUAUUAAGGUGUCGGCGGUGAUAGUGACGCAGGGCUGGCGCUGCCUGGACUGCACGGUGUGCGAGGGCUGCGGCGCGCGCGGCGACGACCCGCUGCUGCUGCUGUGCGACGACUGCGACACGACGUGGCACACGUACUGCGCGCGCCCGCCGCUGGCCGAGGUCCCGCGCGGCCCGUGGCGCUGCGAGCGCUGCCGCCGCUGCCGGGUCUGCGGCACCCGCUCCACCACCGCCUGGUGCGACAACUACACAGAAUGUGCUCCAUGCGCGUCCCUGGUGAUGUGUAGCGUGUGCUCGGAGCCGUAUUCCGACGGCGAGCUCAUCAUACAGUGCGAGGGGUGUCGGCGCUGGCUGCAUGCUUCCUGCGACUCCAUACGGAAUGAGAAUGACGCUGAAGUCUGCUGUCGAGCCGGCUACAAGUGCGUGGGAUGCCGCGGGCGCGAGGUGCCGCCGGCGCACGUGUCGCGCGCGGUGGCGGCGGCCAGUGCGAGCGCGGGCGCGGCGGCGGCGCGGCCGGCCCAGCGGCCCACGCCGCAGUCGCUGGGGCUGGCGGGCGAGUACUACGUGGACGACGUGUGUCUGUCGCAGCGCGGCGCGCACCACAUGAAGCAGCUCGAGGCCGACAUGGGCAUCACGCACACACGACGCAAGCGACGCUUCAAGAACGACAACACCGAGAAAGACGCAGAAAUAAUGGCAUCUAUUGAAACAGUGGUUCAGAACGCAGACGUCGAGAUGGGCGACGACUCCAAGCCUGACAGCACGGCUGAAGUCAAGGACGAACCUGGUGUACCCAACACGAAUUUCAAAGAAGGCAUAUUAUGGAACGUUGCGAACGACGGCCCGCCUCCCGAGGGCUUCACCAUCUACACCACGGACUCUGGUCUCACAGUACUGCGGAGGAAGAGACAGAGGAACCUGAACAAGCUCGGGAUUGGUGGGUUUGUUGUUAGACAGAGACAAACUACUGCCAAGGCGCAGGCUGAUGAGGAGAAGGAAGGAGAUGGAACACAAGCAUCUGGAGAAUCUCCCAGCAACAAGCGCAAACCUCGUCGGAAGCCGCGCUCUAAGCUCAUGGAGCAGUUCCCAUCUUACAUGCAGGAAGCUUUCUUCGGCAAAGAUUUACUGGAGCCAACCAAAGCAGCAGUUUCAUCUACUGGGAACCCGGCGUCGAGCCCGGCGGCGCGGUCCCCGGAGCCGAGCUGGGCGCGCUGGGACGGCGACAACUCGGACAGCGACGGCGAGGACGUGCUGCACGCGCUGCACGCAUACUCCGACCACGACUGCUCCGUGCUCAUCUCGCUCAACACGGACGAAGUAGAAAUACUGAACUCUUUAAAGCCAAAAGAUGAAAAGGAUGACGCAUCAAACACGACGAAUUCUGAUGGCACGUUAAAGAUCAAGACUGAGUUAGAUGACGGUCAGUUGAAACAUACUGAGGACUCCACUGCGUUGAAGAACGCGAUACUGGGGCCGCAGCCGGCUGAGGCUGAGCAACCCCCCACAGUCGCCACUGAGAGCAUUCCUACUGUACACAGUACCAAAACUGAGGCUAUCAGCGAAACUGGUGGAUCAUCUCAAGCAUCAACGAUAUCUCCUAAGGACGACCUGUCUCUCCUCGGAGUGAGUCUGGACGCCAUGGUGAGGGACGGUCUGCCUGACAUGGACAGCAACGAUGUGGACGAAAUAUUCAAGGGAGUGCUCACUGAUGACUCUCAGGAAUCGCAAGAGUCGUCCGUUUCGUACGUGAAUUCUAUGGCAGGUACGCCAUACUCACAACAACGUCAACAGCUUCAGAGCCCCAUGGAGUACACCUCGCCUUAUCCUGAGUUUGGAGGCAGCAGCAGUAACAGUGCGAUGAGCCCGCUGUUCUCUGAGAGCGGUAGUGGCGGUGCGACCUGGCCCGACCCUGCGCAGGCGCCGCCGCCUUCGUACAACCAACGCAGUGCUGACAAGAUGCGGGCUGACGAGAGUCUAGGGUCCGCAGCAACGAUAUCGGCCGUACUAUACGCCAACACGAACCAUCCGGAGUGGAAGACAGAGUUCCCCAACUGGGUGGACCGCUGCAAACAGAUACUGAAGAAGUGGCGCGCCCUGCCGUCGGACCAGAAGGCGCCGUACUUGCAGCGCGCCCGGGACAACCGCAGCGCUAUCCGUAUGAAGAAGGCUCAGCAGAGCUCCGGCAGCGGCGCGGGCGAGGCGGACAGCAGCGGCGCGGCGGGCAGCGCGGCGGCCGCCAGCCCGGCCCCGGCCCCGGCCGCCAGCGGGGAGCUUCACGCACCGAGCGCAGUCUGGCGCGAGGGUGCCAUGCGGAAGGAAAUGGAUGAUGCAUUUCAUGCGGAUUUGGACUGCGAGCAGGAGCGGGCCUGCAGCCAGCAGCGCAGCGCGCGCGAGGCCGAGCAGGAGCGACAGUGGAAGCAUCUGCAGCAGCAACGCCAGCAACAGACGCAGCAGCAGCAACAGAUCAUACACGACCAGCGGAUGCAAGGUAGCGCCCAUACACCUGCUGCGUACAUUCACAAUCACUCCAUGCAGCGGUUACGUGCGCCGGACGGCAGCUCCCCGCCGGGCGCGGGAGCCCCGGCGCCUGCGCCCCCCGCGCCGCCGGCGGAGGCGCCGCGCAGUGUCUUCCCUGCACAGCGCUUCCAACACUACGGGAACAAUGACGACAUCAACCGUCAGCUCAGGGACUUACUGCAGAGACAUCCCGAGAAAAUGUGGCCUGGACAACACGAGAGUGCGUCCCCGGCGCCGACAGUGGGCGAGGGCCAGCCCUUCCGCCAGCCUCUCCCCGUCACACUGCGCGCUAGGGCGCCGCUCAUGCACCCAGCGCGGCCUGACCAUCACUUGAUAAUGCAGCAACGCUUGAUAUCGGCAGACAACAGCCAGCUGCAACAAGCUGUGCAGAGUCCCGCGCCGCAACAGAUGGUGGAGCAAAAACAAAAUGUCGUGCAAAAUAAUGCUCCCAGCAAUGAGAAUAAGCAGGAGUCCAAUCAGGAGCAAGGUACCGAUGAGAUGGACAUGGGAGACAUGGACAAACUUGAACAAGAUGGUGCUAAUAUUGGAGAGGUGGGUGACAUCUUAACUGGACUAGGCGGUGAGGAUGACGAGGAAUUAUUCGAGACGCUCACAGCGGAGAUAGGAGAGCAGUUCAACAUCCUGGAGUAUGCCGACCCUGAGCUAGCAGCGCUCAACGACGCGGAGCACAUACUGGACGGACUCGAGCUCGCUGACGACGGCAUGCCUGAGAGACACGCCAAGAGGGAGCCAGAAGAUGAACAGGAGCAAGCUCAAGAGAACAAGAACAUGUACAAUGACUUACAAAAGGCCGUGAAGAACAUAGAGUGUAAACCUGAAGUGAAGGCGGAGAUGGAGGAUGUGAAGCCCGACGUCAAGUUGGAAGCCCCGGCCACUCCCGCGCCGCAACAGAUGUACAGCGACCCCGUACACAGAGUCAUACAGAACCAACAGAUUGCAUUGCAGAACGCUAUGCAGGCCAUCAAAUCUGAAGUGAAACUAGAAAGUGACGACAAGCCGCAGCGGCCCGUGUUCACGCAAAUGUUCACUAACGCACCGCAACGGUUGCAGUUGCAACAACAUCAGCAGGGUGCGCGGGGUCCACAGUUCGGUCCCGGGCAGGUGAUGGGCCAACAAGUGGUGCAGCGGCCACAGGUGCAGUUCACUCCCUCGCAACACAUGCACUACGCACAGGGCGGCAGUGCGGCGGGUAUCCCAGCGAGCGCGGCCAGCAUAGUGAGCGCCAUGACGGCGCAGGUCAACGCCGCGCUGGCCGCCGGCCGCAGCAUCGCCGCCGGGACUCGGCUCGUCGCCGCCGACGGAUCUGUUGGCGUCGUCCGCCCCGACCGGACCGUCGCACUCGCACAUCUACCAUACGCCGCUACAGUAUCAGGCGGGCAAGUGGGACAAGUGGGCCAAGUGGGGCAGGUGGGUCAACCGGGUCAGGUGGGGUCGGUGGGCCAGCCGGCCCCGGCCGGGUCGCGCCCCCCGCCGCCGCCCCCGUACCCGGGCACGCUGCGCCAGCCGCAGCCGCCGCCGCCGCCCUACCCACAGGUGCCCUAUGAGGCCGCGGACUGGGGCGACUGGCUGCACCGCCGCCCGCUACUGCUGCAGGAGCAACCGUUGCUUCUCGAGGAGCUCCUGGAGCAGGAGAAGCGCGAGCAGGAGCGCGAGGGCGGCGAGUGGGCGGGGCCGGGCGCCGCGCCGCCGCCCGCGCCCCCGCCGGCCGCGGCGCCGCCCGCCAUCCCGCUGUACGCGGGCGUGGCGCCGGCCGCGCCGCCCGCGCCGCCCGAGCGCCCGGCCAGCGACGCGGACCACCACGCGCGCCUGCUGUACGAGCAGUGGCUCAAGCAGUACAACGCCUUCGCCGCCGACCAGCAGCGCUACUACGAGGUCGAGGUUCAGAAGCUUCGCAAGAUCCGCAAGUCGCUGAAUAGUAAGCAGAGGCAGUUGCGUAAGUCGGGCAAUGAACUACUGCCUAACGACGCAGCCGAGCUGCAGCGCGUGUCCACUGAACAACAGGCGCUACAGAAGCAUCUCGAAGCGGCGCGCAAACAAGCUCGUCAACAUAGCAUGCUUAUACAGGAAUAUGAGACGAAACAGCGACAGCAAAAUCCCCAGCUCGCUCAGCAAUCUGUGAUAAACCAGCAGCAGAUCACAUCGAGUCAAACGGUAUUCGCUCAGAAUCAGAACAUGAACCAGCAGGGCCAGCAGGUGCAGCAGCAGAACACCAUCAACCGACCGAUGCAGCUGGGGCUGCAGGGCGCUGCCAUACAGCAACAACAGACACUCAUUCGCACUCAACAAACUGUCAUCGGGGCGGACGGGCAGCCGAUAUCCCAGCAGAGGAUAGGUCUGGUGACGUCACCGCUGAACACACAAGGAAGGCUGGUCACGCAGGGCGGGCGCACGCUAGUCAUCGAGCAGUCCGGCGGGCCCCAGCCGCAGCUCGUGCGCCAGCUGGCCGCCGGCCAGGAGCGCGCGCAGCCCGGGCCCAUGGGGCAGUUCGCGGGCCGGGCCGCCGGGGGCGCGCGCCAGCCCGGGGCGCGGCCCGCCAUGUCGCCGCUACACGUGCAGUCGCCGCUGGCGCCGCAGUCACCGCUGCACCAGCUGACGUCGCCCAUGCAGUCGCCGCUGCACUCGCAGCAGUCGCCGUUGCAUCACACGUCGCAGUCCCCGCUGCACCCGUCCACGCAGUCCCCGCUACAUACGCAGCAAUCUCCGCUGCAUUCCCAGCAGUCUCCCAUGCACGUGCAGCAGCAGGGCAUGACGCAGCAGUCCGUGCAGCAGUCGCCGAUGCACCAGUCCCCCAUGCACCCGCAGCAGUCUCCCAUGCACCAGCAGUCUCCGAUGCACCCGCAGCAGUCGCCGAUGCACCAACAGUCGCCGAUGCACGCGCAGCAGACUCAGAUGCCGCAACACUCCCCGAUGCCCCAGCAGUCGCCGAUGCACUCGCAACAAUCUCCGAUGCAUAUGCAGCAGUCGCCGAUGCACACGCAACAGUCCCCCAUGCACACGUCGAUGUCGCCGCAACACUUCUUGCAACAGUUGCAAGCACAAAGGACCAGCCCACAACUACCGACGCCUAGUCGGAGCCCUCAAAUAUAUCAGCAAUCACAAAUUCAGAGUCCAGUAGCGUCCCAUUCACCACAAAUGCAAAAUGUUGAUUAUGGAACUGGUCGUUUCUCACGGCCAGCGCCUGGAUGCUCGCCUUUGCCGACGAGAUUCGCUAGACCACCACAUCAUCAGCAAGGUAUUAGAGUGGGCGGACCGUAUGGAGGCCGCCAACAAACGUCACCGCUCGGCAGCCCGCAGCCGCUUCCAUCUCCAGGAAAUCCUGCCAAUGAGAUGGCGCGGCAACAGAUGCUGCAGCGGCAGCAGUACAGUCCCAUGGGGGGCGCCCCCGCCUCCCCCUCCGUGGCGCGCUCCCCCCACGUGGCGCGCACGCCCACUCCCUCCCCCGCCGCGUCCCCCGCGCCGCACUCGCUCAUGGAGCACGGCGGCGGCAUGCACGGCGGACACGGCGCGGCGCCGCUGCCGCCCGGCUACCGGUACUGCCGCGCCGUGCGGGGCGGCGCGCCCGGCCCCGGCUGGCCGCCGCGCCCGGCGCACGUCACCAAGGUGUCCAUCCUCAAGCGCCGCACGCCGCCGCGCCCGCGCGCCGCGCCGCAGCACGACGCCGAGCCCGCGCCCUCCGACGCGCGCGGCUACGUCGUGUACGCGCCCGACGCGCGCGACGCCGACGACGUCGAGGACCUAGUGGAGCACCUGGACGACGACGACAUCGUGCUGGUGGAGCCCGACGCCGUCUCGCCCGAGGAGCGCAUCGCCACCGAGGAGGACUUCGAGGAGCUCAUCGAUAGUGGCAAGCCGGACGACGAGGCCGAGGAGGAGGCCGAGCGCGCCCCCACCCGCACCGAGACCACCACCAAGACCGUGGCCGUCAUCAGCCUGUCCACGGGCAAGCAGCCGGCCAGCGUGCAGCAGUACAAGAUCCUCAGCCCCAGCGGGGGCCCGCGCGCCCGCCUGCCUCUGCUCAGCGCCAGCAUGCUGUCGCCGCACUCCAAUACCAAGAUCCUGGACGAGGUGUCGCAGGCCACGGUGGCCUCCGUCUCGAUAGCUAACCAAACUAUCUCAGUACCGGUACUGAAGAACCUGUCGGUACCGAUCGCUAGUGUGGCUAGCCACGUGGCUGGAGUCGCCAAGUCACAGAUCAAGAAGGUGCCACUGAAUUUGGCCACGCCACCUCUCACUAUCAACAUGUCGACGCCGCCGCUCUCGAAACCUAUUAGUUCUGUUAUAAGCGUGAUAUCAUCGAACAUGCCAAAGACUACCAAUCCACCGCGAGUGCCUGUCUCUAUAUUGACUCAACAUCAAGUUAAACAAAAAAUUGUAAAAACUAUAGAAAAGCCGAUGAUGCUCGCGCUUUCUAAUUCUAAACUAUCCAGUUUGUCAGUGACACACGACGCAACACUACCAGCUAAAAUAUUCCAAGACGAUGCCGCCUCGCCUGACAGCACUGUGUCGUCUGAGAAUAAUCCGGACAAGGAUCUGAACUUAAACCCCAUGUCAUCGACAUCUCAACAGCUGCCAACAAUGAGUUCUCAGGGCACAUCACAAAUGGACCAGCGACCUGGGAUAUUUAAGGAACCUACAAAAGACAUCGACAUUGAAAGCGAGAUCAGUCAGCAAACUGAACUCCCGCACACGUUAUGCCUCAGCGACCGCACGCCUUUACUUUUGGGUAAAGCAGAUAUAAAGAGUCCAGAUCCUAUACCUGAGAAGAUACCUGACAAUAUCAUGGAGGGAGACGACGAGGACAAACCAGAAGACGACCUGCAGAGCAAUUUACUUCUAUCGUAUAGUAAGAGUAUCUCAGAGCCGCCGCCACAGCCGACCAUGCCGGAAACUAAAAUAGAAGAAAAUGUUGUGAAAACAAUAAAGGCGAUCGCUAAUCAAACUAAAGAAAUGGUAAUAGAUUCAAAUAUGCAGAUUACUUCGGACAUGGCACAGGAUUCUGUGCAAAUAUCAAUCCCGUCGCCCACUCCCUCCCAAGAGAGGUACCUGAACGACAUCACGAUGCAGGACCACCACGAGACUGCGGAGAGUAACAAGCACGUCGAGUCCUUCGAGGACAUGCUCUGCAUACUGGAGAACAUCGGCGACGACGCCAAGACGUACGGCAUGAAGCAGCCAAACCCGAAACCUACUAACCCUAACAUUCAAAAUCCAAGUGUAACUACUCCUAAACAAGAUCAGAAAGAGAGUCAAGAGCAGACCGCUUUCGCAAAGCGCGAGCCAGAGAGACUAGCGCUGCAGUCGGCGAGCGUGCCGCAGCUGUCCCCGCUGUCGCAGCCCGCCGAGCUGACGUCCACCAUGGCCAACGUGUCGCAGCAGCUGCGGACCAUCAUGUCCUCGCUCAGCACCAGCACCACCAAGGUGGACACGCAGCCUGGCCUGCGGAAGAACAGUGACGCCACCACACCCACACAAGUCAACUUUGAAAAUUUGUUGCCGUCUUCCAAAGUGGAAGUGGCUGUAUCGCGACCCUCACCUAUACAGAGGAUUGACAAGCCCCCUGCGACCAUCUCCACGUCUGAUAGUUUGCCCAUGAGUGCUGCUCAGGCUAUUGGCUCCAGGGUCAACACGCUCUCAUCGAUGGGUCAAAUGAGAAAGUCUCCAACCGUUUCACCAAUCAAUUCUCCAGUAAGUCUACAGAACUCUUUAAUGAAGUCACCCGCUCCUAUGAACACGAAUCCAUCGUUUUCUCCUAUGGAUGAAUCUGGCCCGACGUCGGUCGCCUCUCAAAUCAUCCAAAUGCCAGCUCUCUCGAAGAUACAUAGUUCUACCGCACCACCUACUAUAAUGCACUCGAAUAACACUAUCACUACUAGCAUGAGCAACUACCAGAAGAAUCAGUCACUACCGACUAGCAUACUCGGUCAUACGUUGCUACAACCAACUAGACAAAUAAAUACGAGUAACUUACCGUUCAACCAACAGAGUAUUAGUACUAGUCAGCCGCCGGCCCUAGUCAUGACUUCUAGACCGAUGAUAGGUAACAAAGAACCCGCGCCGAAUGUGACAGUGCGCACUCAUAGCAUUGUGAGCUCGGGAAUAAACCAAAUACAAGCUAAACCAGCUCCACCGGGCUCCAUUAACUUUAUCACGUCUUCCAAACUUCUCCACACGCAACUGACUUCACCUUUAAAACGCUCUAAGUCGACCGAUGAGCCGAAAAGUGAAAUUAUUGUGGGCCACAUACAACCAACGAAAAGACACAGCGUGGAGGCCGUCGUUGUAAAAUCUGAACCCAUGGAGACAGACGAGCCGAAUACAUCGACAACUACCACCACGGACGCGGGCAGCAAGCACACCAAUGUGCAACAAUGUACUGCCAACCAGAAGAAUGACGAAUCCCAGAAUGUGUUGCUGAAGCAACUGUUGCAGACUACUACCACCGCCGCCACCGUGGUCCCCGCGCGCACCAUGACCAUACAGCGGACUGCGCCUGCGCUCGGCAGCAUACCUUCGCUCGAAGCUCAACUGGCGAGACCCUCGAUACCACCACCCACCCUGUCGUUAACGCAAGAAGUAGAAAUAGCAAAGAACUCGCCGCGGCAUAAUAUUAUAACCAGUAGCGUAGUGAACUCACCGUUCACUUCUCGUCCUAUACAGUCCAUUCCGACUUCCACUAUAUCGCCUUUGACACAAACCUCGACGCAAUCUUUGAUGGAUGUUCGCAAGCCACCUAUGAAGAUGAUGACCAAGGAAGAAACUACGCCUGUCCCUGAAAGUUCUCCCACGAUGAAGUCGAUGCAAAUGUAUCCAAUGAGUAUUGAAAACCAGCAGCUUCAGCAAGCGAUUAAGAAAGAAAUCGCUCCGCCUCAACAAAGUCCAGUUCACAGACCGUUUACACCUAUGGAUGUGAAGAAAGAGCUGCUAGACGAGAGCUCGCAGCAGUCGGCAACUUCUGGCGUCUCGACAGCAUCCGAUCAGGGUAAACUUGACCAACCCAUGAAGGAGGAGUUUCCGGAGAGCGUCAACAUGGACGCGUCAUCCGAGGUCAAUGCUCCAGAAACUCCGUCGGAAGCUAAGAAGCGAAAGCGCCGAGAAUAUCAGCAGAAGAAACGGAAGCAAUUACAAAUGAACAUGAAGGCCGCUGCUGAAAAUAACUUGACUGCAGCGAACGCUAAGAAGAGGCCGCGCAAGGGCUCUCGCUACGAGGAGGACUAUGACACAUUUAUUGACAACCUGAUGGCUCAGUUACGAUUGCUGCCUGCAAUGCAAAUUCAAGAACCAGCUCUCACUACCAACUUUGCUGUUUGCCCACUAUUUGGAUCCGGGGAUUUGACGAAAUUAAAAAAUAAAGACUAUGAUGUAUUAAAAGGCGAUUUAGUUGGCGAAUUUGGUAAUGCCAAAAUACCAAAUGUUGGAGAUUAUUAUAAUACAAAACCAUUUGGGGAAGAAGAACCCCUGCCUGAGAAACCACCAGCAUCUACGCAAAGAGGAUUCUAUGACCAAGAAUUCCAACCUAUCUUGUUUGACGAUGACCCAGAAGACAAGAAACUGGACUUUAUUUGUAAAGAACGCGACACAGACACGCCUGAUAGCAUCGUCAGCUGUUCCAGUCCUGAAUGCCUUGAAACUGAGCCACCGAACAGGUUCCCAGGCCUUAAAUUGAUUGACGAUGAAGAAGAGGAUGAAGAUAGUGACUCAGCAUCCGGCCGGAUAUCGCCUAUAAUUCCCAUCAUUGCACCUGUGCCCAUCAGAGUGAAGCCAGUCUCGUUGUACCAAUCGAAGGAUGAUGAAGACAACAUGAAGGCGUUGAAGACACUAGACACCGAUGCCGCGAAGGUCAAGGGUGGAGACUCGCCCGGCAGCACGGAAACCAAUGAGAAUGUCACCGUCACGCUCACACUCACGUCGGGUGCGGCUGAAGAUAUUCUGGGCGUAUUGAAAGAGCUCGCCGGUAUCCUGCACAUACCUCCACCCACAUCAUAUCAAAUUAUAGAAAGAACUGCUACUCCACCAUCUCACAAACUUGGCCUCUACAGAUCUAAGGGCAAGGACGGAAAAGAAGGGACACCUAUUGAUAUUCAGAGUAUAUUAAACGGAGCAGCUAAAUUCUGUCGCCAUUGCGACGUUGUUAUUUUAGAUUCGGUCGUUAGAGCUAAAGCUUCAGAGUUUCCACUACUAUCGGCUAACAAAGGCAAUGCUGAGGAAAUUCUGUGCGACAGCGAUUCAGAGCUUUACUUCUGUAGUACACAGUGUUACGAGAGCUUCGCCUGGCGCCCUACCAAUAUUAUCCUCGACGGAAAGACAAAGACCACCGUAAAAGAUGAUAACAAAUCAGAUGCUGACACCAACUUGUCGAAAGACAGGGACGACUUCGACACUGCAUCCACAGAGAGCAUGGAAACCGACGACUUGGAUAUAAAACCAGACAUCAAGGAUGAAAAAAUGGACUUGUCGUUCAUGGAUUCCCUCGACAACGACGAAUUAAUGAAAGAAGUGGGCGACGACGUCAGCGCGCUCGACGAAGACUUGAAGAGUGAACAAGACGAGAAGAGUAACCAGAGCAGCGAGAAGGAGAAGUACAGAGGGGUGCGCUACAAGGCGUGGUCGCCGGGCUGCAUCGGGCCGCCCGUGAAGUACAAGCGGCCCACCGACCGGGAGCUCACCGAGCUCGUGUUCCGCACCGGCGUGGCCAUCAUGCCCGUGACCAACGAGGACGUGCGGCGCUGCGAGCUGUGCGGCAUCCAGGGCGACGGCGUGGCCGACGGCGUGUCGCGCCUGCUCAACUGCGACGUGGACCGCUGGGUGCACCUCAACUGCGCGCUGUGGUCCGAGGGCGUGUACGAGACCGUCAGCGGCGCGCUCAUGAACGUGGAGACGGCGCUGGCGGCCGGCUCCAGCGCCACCUGCGCCGUCUGCCGCCGCCUGGGCGCCACCGUGCGCUGCUUCAAGGUGCGCUGCGGCAGCGUCUACCAUCUCGGCUGCGCCGUCAAGGACAACUGCGUCUUCUACAAGAACAAGACGGCAUUCUGCAACUCGCACGCUCCCAAGAAUGAAAAAGACAACGAAUUGACGACCCUGAGCGUGCAACGGCGCGUAUACAUAGCGCGGGACGAGCAGCGCCAGGUGGCGUCAGUGAUGCUCCACUCGGACACGAACCACCUGAUCCGAGUGGGCGGCCUGAUCUUCCUCAGCCCCGGGCACCUGCUGCCGCAUCAACUCGCUGCCUUCCACACGCCAAACUACAUCUACCCUAUUGGAUACAAAAUCGUCCGGUUCUACUGGUCGAUGUCCCGCGCCAACAGCCGCUGCCGCUACCUGUGCUGGAUCAGCGAGGAGGCGGGCCGCCCGCGCUUCCACGUGCGCGCGCAGGACGAGCCGCGCGGGGAGACCGCCGCGCCCACGCCGCGCGCCGCUUGGGCCAACGUGUUAGAUGCUGUUGCGGCUCUACGAGAAGGUCGCAGUGAAGACGGAGUGCUUAAAUUGUGGCCAAAUUAUGUGACGGGAGAAGAUUUGUUCGGUCUGACUGAACCUGCCGUAGUUCGAGUACUGGAAAGUUUGCCGGGUAUCGAGACCCUGACGGACUACCGGUUCAAGUUCGGUCGGUCGGCGCUGCUGGAGGGCGGGCUGGCCGUGAACCCGUCGGGCUGCGCGCGCAGCGAGGCGCGGGCGCGCGCGUGGCGGCGCGGCGGCGCGCGCUCGCUGCUGCCGGCCGCGCCCGCGCCGCCGCCCGCCGCCGACCACCCCGCCUGCCCCUACUCCAAGCAGUUCGUGCACACCAAGAGCUCGCAGUACAAGAAGAUGAAGAGCGAGUGGAGGAACAACGUCUACCUCGCCAGGUCCAAAAUCCAAGGAUUAGGUCUGUACGCUGCUCGAGACUUGGAGAAGCAUACCAUGGUCAUAGAGUACAUUGGAGAAAUAAUACGCUCCGAGUUGUCGGAGAUACGAGAGAAGCAGUACGAGGCUAAGAACCGCGGUAUCUACAUGUUCCGGCUGGACGAGCGCCGCGUGGUGGACGCGACGCUGUCGGGCGGCCUGGCGCGGUACAUCAACCACUCGUGCCAACCCAACUGUGUCGCCGAGACCGUCGAGGUCGACCGACAUCUGCGCAUCAUCAUCUUCGCCAAACGACGCAUCGCGCGCGGAGAGGAGUUGGCAUACGAUUAUAAAUUCGACAUUGAAGAUGAUGCUCACAAGAUCAUGUGUAUGUGUGGAGCUCCUAAUUGCCGCAAGUGGAUGAACUGAACACCACGCCCUCUAGAGCAUGCACCCCGGAGACUGAACGAGUGCGGGGCCGACCCACGCCCCGGCUACUGUGUAUAUGUGUAAACAUUAUCCCAUGUUUACCUCUUUAGUCCCACUUUUAAUUUGAUUCAGUUAAACAAGUCUCAGAUCUCGAUGUUACGUUAUGACGACUAUGAAAUUAUGAUGGAACUAAUUUAAUAAAAUCAAAUCGACUCGAAUCGUAAUUUCAAAAUAAAAUUAGUAAUCAAAUAAUUUAUUUAAUCAUAGUAAUCACUCUCACUGUUACCGUUACUAUCUGUCUUCACAUUUUUCUUUAUUUGUUUAUAAUAUAGUCCAAUACACUAAGUGAUAAAAUGAAUCUAAUAUCAAUGAUGUAACAAUAUAUUUUCUUUCAUUUCUAUCUAAUUAAAUCCAUCAAUAUUUUACAAAGUAUAAGUUAGUAACUAAUGUCUAUUUACUGAAUCAAAUUAAAAGUCGGACUACAGACUAUGUUUUAGCUUAGGAAAGGCUAUGAUAACUAGUUUUAUGUACCAAAGUGAUCAUAAUACAUGUAAGUAAAUGAAUCAUAUUAGACUUGUUUAAAAUUUCACUCUUAUUAAGCUGACGUGUGAUGAUCUACGAAUAAGACAAUAUCAAAAGAGUUUUACUGGUAUCUUCAAUUUUAUAACUAUAUUAAACCGUCGCGGUGAUCAAUCGGAACAUUUUUGUAAAUAAUAUUAAAUCGAUAUAGAAGUUGUUAUUGAAUUUAAAUGUUUUAGAUGUGAACGUUUUACGAGAGUAGACUGUAGGCUAAGAUUUUAAUUUUAUUAUGUUCAAUGUAUUUUAUGAAUGUUUUGUGUCGCUGUUUUAAAUGACUUUAUUAAUGAACAUUUAUUUGAAAAUUAUCGCACCUAAGUCGUCACAGUCAAUGUUCGCGUAUACCUCUAAAGUGUACUUGUAAAUCUCAGCAGUGACUAUAGUUAGGUUAAGUUACCAAAUAGACGAGUCUACAUUUAGUAUGCAUAGAGCACAAUAUAUUUAGCGAUGUAAAUAACCUCUUUAUUAGAAAUUAUGUAGGGCCCCGUGUCGGCCGGGCCGGGCUAGGCGGACCUUGUAACAGGGUAGUAAUAUAAUUUCUAAUGGAGCGGCACGAGACGCCACGAUGUGCCUGACCCGUUGUUGUUUACGUCGUACGACUCGUAGGAUAGAUACAUACCACGCCGCGCCUUCUCACGGUGGACGAACUUGAUACUAUACCUAUACGUGUGUAAGUAUGAAUGUUACGUGCCUACUUUUAUUCACAUGAUUUAUUACACGUUCUACUGAACACAAAUGUUACUGAAGAAACUGUUAAUAUAUUUUUUAGAGAGAAGACAUGACAUUUCGUGAUGAAAUUAUUUUGCGAAUACUUUACCCGAAAUAAUAGUUUUAUACAUAUAGCCACCGCGACCGUCUCAAAUAAAUUAUGUGAAUAAAACACCGUGCACAUAGUAGCUAGUGUAAUUAUUUAUAUAAUAAAUUUAAUGAAUAGUCCCAAAUGUGAUAUUACCUCACAUAAUUCGCGUGAACUUCACUAUGUAGUGGCCAUUGUGACCUACUAGGUUAGCUUGUUGCGUUAGGGGCGCGCGCCGCGACGCGCUGUAGCAUCGACGGAUGCGUUGUAAGUUGCAAGACGCUUGUAAGAUCUGGUAAAAGAGAAAUAUUUAUGUAUGUAUGUAGCACAAGGAAUUAUUGUAACGCAGGUUGCCGUCUACCAAUGUUAUGAAUUCAUGCAAUGUAAUUUUAAGUGUUAAAUGUGCAAUAUCAUAUCUUGAGUACAGAUUGUAAAUACGGAAGUAGCGCAGCGGUGGACAAGUUAUUAUAUUGUAAUCAUGGAAUAGAUUUGUGUUAUGUAUUGUUUUUGUAAUCAAUCAGUUGUACACCUUUCAUUAAAUAUUACCAUCGAUUUUAUUUAAAGCAUUCCCAUAAAAUUUUCACUAUAGUUUGACUCAAAUUAUUCUUAUUUUCAUGAUAAAACAUUUUGAAAGUUGUAAAAUUAUGUAUGUACUUGAAUAUUCUAUACAUAAGUAUUUUUAUUGCAUUAUUUUCCUAUAAUUAAAAUUUUAAUUAGUAUAAUA